UGCUCGCGUGCGGUUCGUGCUGUUCGCAGUUCGCAUCUCGAUUAUCGCUGCCCAUUGUCGAUGUCGCUCGUGCGACGAACGACGGCCCCGCCGGCACCGAUCCUAAUUCAACGGCAAUAAACAAAUGUCCGAUGCAUAAAUCAAAAGUCAACGCGCGCACACAGUAUUUUGCAUUUUGCAUUAGAAAUUAGAAAAUAGCAAAUAGAAGCAAGCCGAACGCUAAAAUACUCACAUAAAUCGAAAACGUGCGCACACAUCAUCAAAAAAAAAAUAAAAAAAAUAUAACAAAAGUUGAUAUCAAUUGUUCAAAUUUAGCUCUAGUGUUUGUUGUUGUUUUUUAAGGCUUGUUCGCAAUUAAUAAAAGUCGCGAAAGCGGAAAAUUUUUCUAAGAAUUGCAACACGUGUUUCUGCUAACAGUGCGUAUGAAAAUUUGUUGCUUGUCUGCGCGUUCGCAGUUAUUUUCGUUUAUGCCCCACACACACACACUCACACACACAUACACACGAGUGAGUGAAUGUGCAUGUGCAUGCGAGUGUGUGCGUGUGCUCGUGUAUCUUAAAAUCUGCUGAAAAGUUGCGCCAAUCGAAGGGUAAAACCAACAAAAAAAAAAAAAGAAACGAAACAAAAAAAAAUUGCUGCUGCUAGCGGAAAGCAAAGCAAAUGUGCAAAACAACCAAAACAGCAACAACAGCUAAAAGAACAACAACACGGAUACGCAUCUGCGACAGUGAUAUACAUUCAUAAUAGAUACAGAUACAGCGCUCAAGAAACCAAAGACAAAUUAAGCCUAAAACUCACUAGGCUAUUGAUAAAGUGAGCUAUACGCGGGAGUUCAUACACAUCGAUUCGCAGAGCUUGGAUUCAGAGGGCCCAGCUGCCCGGUUUGGAGUGCAAGUGCCACUCACAGAUUAUGUUGCAACAUCCCGCCACCGACUUCUACGAUCUGGCCGCGGCCAAUGCGGCUGCUGUGCUCACCGCCCGGCACACGCCCCCCUACAGCCCGACGGGGCUGAGCGGGUCGGUGGUCGCGCUGCACAAUAAUAACAAUAAUAGCACAAGCAAUAAUAACAAUAAUAAUCUCGAUAUGCUCACGCACAACGGAGGCGGCGUGGGCGUCGGUCUGGGCGGAAGCGUGACUGCCACUGGACUGCACCUGAGCGGCGGCGGCGGCGGCAGCAGAAAUGGCGGCCCAGGUGCCGGGGGCGGCGGCAGUGCUGCCACAGCCGGACGCGAAACUCUGCCCAGCUUCGGCUUUACGCAGGAGCAGGUGGCCUGCGUGUGCGAGGUGCUGCAGCAGGCGGGCAAUAUCGAAAGACUGGGCCGCUUCCUUUGGUCGCUGCCACAAUGUGAUAAACUGCAACUGAACGAGUCUGUGCUGAAGGCCAAGGCGGUCGUCGCAUUCCAUCGUGGUCAGUACAAGGAGCUGUACCGGCUGCUCGAACAUCAUCACUUCUCGGCCCAGAAUCAUGCCAAGCUCCAGGCCCUGUGGUUGAAAGCGCAUUACGUGGAAGCCGAAAAACUGCGCGGAAGACCUUUGGGUGCUGUGGGCAAAUAUCGUGUUCGCCGUAAAUUUCCACUGCCCCGCACCAUUUGGGAUGGCGAGGAGACGAGCUACUGUUUUAAGGAGAAAUCCCGCUCGGUAUUGAGAGACUGGUAUGCGCACAAUCCGUAUCCAUCGCCGCGCGAGAAGCGCGACUUGGCCGAGGCCACAGGACUGACCACGACGCAGGUAUCCAAUUGGUUCAAGAAUCGACGACAACGAGAUCGCGCUGCCGAGCACAAAGACGGCUCUACGGACAAACAACACCUGGACUCGUCCAGCGAUUCAGAAAUGGAGGGCAACAUGCUGUCCAGUCAGAGCGCACAACAGCAACACGCAGCCGCCACGCAUCACUCGCAUCACUCGCAACAGCAGCAACAGCAGUCGCCGAGCAGCGGCAACAACAAUAAUAUCAAUAACAAUAACAGCAACGGCAACAACAGCAACAGCUUGCAUCAGCAUCAGCAGCAACUGCAACAUGUUGCUGCCGAGCAGAGCCUGCAACACCAUCAGCAUCAGCAACAUGCUGCCAGUGCAGCGGCAGCGAGCAAAAGCAGCGCUGCAGCAGCAGCUGUGGCUGUCGCCGCCUCCCAAAUGCCGCCGCUCUCCGCCGCCGUUGCCUACUCGCAUCUGCACAGCGUCAUGGGCGCCAUGCCCAUGUACGAUAUGGGCGAGUAUCAGCACUUAUGAUUCUAGUUGGAGGCUGCUGCUGCUGCCAGCAGCAGCAACAACAGCAGCAGCAGCAACAACAACGGCAACGGCAACAGCAACAGCAACAUGCACUGCGAAUGGCCAGCUAUGCUGCGUCAACGCCAGCAGCGCAGCCAGCUGCAGCAGCAUCAGCAUCCGGAAAGCUUUUACUUCUGAAGCAGCAAUAAUUGAGAUCACAUCCUCGAAGAUGAUUCGUGUAUAGAUCAAGUUCAAGAUAGCAGCAGCAACAAGUUUUAAUUAAUCAUGAAAUAGUAGCACUUGCGCAUAA